AUGGUUUCCACUCAGAAGCGCCACCACGCAGACCGUCCUGCACUAUCUCGAUUGAACGCUCCGUUCCGCUGGCAGGUCGAGCACUUGCGCGCUCUUCUCAUACUCAAUGAGCAAUACCCAGGUCUUUCAAAGGCGGCUGUGAAGACCAUCAUGUGGCAGAUCUUUCCCGACAUGCAGACUCGCGGCUACGGCGAAGGACACUUCUACGACCAGUAUCAGCCGCGCUGGACGCCAAGCCGCUCGUCCAAGAACUGGCAGCUGGUAGAUCGCCCGAAUGCCUUCAACAGCUCGCCAUACACCCAGGAAGAGCUCACUGCGUUUGCGGAUAUGAACACCCGAGUACAAGCUGCAGCUAGCGCCAACAACAUCGACCUCAUUGCUGCCCACCAGCUGCCCGACUUUGCUCGUGGACAGUCGAACACAACUCCGCAGGCGAGCAGCCUCACUUCUGCCCUUGCGGCUCCGACAACCGCGGCAUCACUUUAUCCCCAGGCCUCCGUUUCACGACACGCAGACGAACAGGAGGAUACUGUAAAGGAAGACAAUGUGCAGACGGAGAACAAUGCAAGCAUCGAGGAAGCCGGCAAGACGGACACGGCAGCAAGGGAUGUAUCAGCCCAUAACCCAGAUGGGAUGCUGGAAGGCGGGAGCGACGACGAUGAGGAGGUCAUCUUCACCAUCUCUCGCCUUGGGGCAAUCGAAGGCGCAUUGGAUGGAAUCUUUCCAGGCGACCUUCAUCCGGGUAAGCUGCCGAUGUUCCAUCGCUGCGAUCUCACUCCGGCCGGACCACCAGAUCCUACAACUUCACGUUUCGAGUUAUACCCGUCUCCACGCCGCGCGGAGACAGUUCAAGCACCACAAGACACCGGCAUCAUCGACCCGAAUUCCAACAUCUACAAGUACGGCGGACCGGUGGUGCAAAUCACCGUCAUGCCGGGAAACGACAAGGGCUAUGAGCGCUCAACAGCAGCAAUGAUCUGCAACCUCGAGGCUUGCGGCACCUGCAACUCCUCACUCGGCGAGAACAAUCAGAGCAACACGACUUCUCCUACGAGUGGGUUGCCGUUCAUUCAUUCCCUUCUCGACCUGGGGAAGGGGUAUCACAGCCACGCCCACCGCAAACAUUACUACAUGUAUGACCCUGCACCAUUCCAAUCCAAGCUGCAGGUAGGAGUCUCGCCAUACUCCACUUACAUCCCAGCCGAGCUCACGCGGGUCAAUGUGCGUACGCACAACCCCAUUCGUGAGAUGGCCGCUUGCGUUGCGGAGCGUUGUGAGAUUUGCAAGAAGCUCGCGGGCAAGAGCAAGGUGAAGGCUGUGGAUGGGUCCGUUACCUGGCAAUAA